CGUUGCUGCUCUGUUCUUCCACAUCCUUGGAUUCACUUUGGAGGGAAUGGAGCUUCGAACUGGCCGUAAUUCGGCUGCCAAAGCACUAUGGAGCCAGCUACGUGUCGCCCUCUUUGUGAUGAGGAAAAGCUUAGCUUGGAAGCAGCAGCAGCUGCUUCUGGAGAUCAAGCUGCUCGGUGAAUCCCUCGGUGACUUCUUGUACCGCCGGCGGCCGGAGAGGCCUCUUUAUGGGCUGCGUGAGCACGAGUUCUCCUGCAGCAACACCCCCAAUCACCCCCUCUCUUACGGCCGCCGCUACAAGGCCGGCAAGCGCCGCCACGGCUACUUGCUCCCGUGCUUGCAUGGAGCCGUGGCGGUGGCGGAGCCGGAGGCUUACUGCAGGCACGCCUCGCCUCGGCGUGCCGCCGUGAAAUCGGUCCUCUUCUCCCCGACGGCCUUCGCGGUUCGCAUCUCUAACUACUCGUCGGACGACGAGUACCUGGGGCAGAGCGCCGCCAAGGUGGACGACGAGGCAGAGGAGUUCAUUAGGAAAUUCUACGAGCAAUUGCGCCAGCAGAGUCGUAUGCCGCUGCUUCACUGCCAAGAAAAGGAGCUUGCAAGAGGACUAUGAAAUUAGUUAACACUGAUGAAGCUGUUCGUAUACAUCAUGCACAGAAAUAAGGCUGCUUAGUUAAUUUGGAGUGCCUGCAACAAUGUAUUUCUAGCUUUCAUCCCCCUUUUUUUUCUUCUUCACACAUUGAAGUUUCGUUCUUUUUAGUUGGGGAGGUGGUGCAUGAUUUGCUGUAACUACAAUGUCGAAAUAAAUAUAAUGUAUUGAAGGGUC